ACAAUGGCUGAGAAGGUAAUUUUGGCCUAUUCCGGUGGUCUGGAUACAUCGUGUAUUUUGAAAUGGCUUUUGGAGAAAGGCUACGAAGUGAUUUGCCUUAUGGCCGAUGUCGGUCAAAAGGAAGAUUUUGAGGCUGCCAAGCAGAAGGCCAUGAAUAUCGGAGCCACCGAUGUUGUGGUCAAGGAUGUAAAGGAGGAUUUUGUUCGCAACUACAUUUGGCCGGCCAUUCAAAUGGGUCUUAUCUAUGAGGAACGUUAUCUGUUGGGUACCUCAUUGGCCCGUCCCUGUAUCAGUGUGGCCUUGGUAGAGGCUGCCAAAAAAUAUCAGGCCAAAUACAUAGCACAUGGUGCCACGGGUAAGGGUAAUGAUCAGGUGCGCUUUGAACUCUGUGCCUAUGCUCUGAUGCCGGAAAUUAAGAUCAUUGCCCCCUGGCGGGAUGAUGAAUUCUGUCGUCAAUUCCAGGGACGUUUGGAUCUCAUUGAAUAUGCCAAAUUACAUAAUAUACCAGUGACGGCCAAGCCUGCCACCCCUUGGAGUACAGAUGCCAACAUUUUGCAUAUUAGCUACGAAUCGGGUGUGUUGGAAGAUCCCAAUCAUAUUGCACCCGAAUCGCUAUAUGAAAUGACCAAAGACCCUUUGACUCAGGCACCCAAGGAAUCGAUGCGUCUUACCAUAACUUUUGAAAAAGGUUUGCCGGUGAUGUUGAACGAUAAGCCCCAAUCGCCAUUGGAAAUUUUGGAAAUCUUAAAUUAUGUUGCGGGGUCAUAUGGUAUUGGUCGCAUCGAUAUUGUGGAGAAUCGUUAUGUCGGCUUGAAAUCAAGAGGUGUCUAUGAGACACCUGGUGGUACAGUGCUGUUCCAGGCUCAUCAAGAUUUGGAGGUGUUCUGUUUGGAUAGAGAGGUUUUGCGCUGCAAACAAUAUUUACGCGAUCGCAUGACCGAUUAUGUUUACAAUGGCUUCUGGUUUAGUCCCGAAGCCAAUUAUGCCCGCCAGUGCCUGGAAUUGUCACAGGCCAAUGUUAAUGGCCAAGUGACAAUGGAAUUGAGACCGGGUUAUUGUAUAGCUGUCGCCCGUAAAGCCACCAGCAAUGCAUUGUACAAUCAGGAGCUGGUGUCAAUGGAUGUCCAUGGUGGUUAUGUGCCACGUGAUGCUUCCGGUUUUAUAGCUAUCAAUUCGGUGCGCCUUAGAGAACAUGUACGAGCAUUUGGAGCAUAUGAAGUUAAAAAGUAAUAAAGAUGGCAAAAAAGCAAAAAAAACAA